UUGGAUGACGCGGACUGCGACCUAAUCACCAGAUUUUUGCGCCUAAAUAGCGAUGAGUUCGGGAAUGUCUUCAUCUGUUCCCCCAAACAGACGACUUCGAGGACACACUUCUCGUGUCUGCCCUUCGAAGUGGUUCUCAAUAUCCUUAAAUGGAUCGUGUCCAACGAACUCGACUUACGAUCUCUGGAACAGUUCGGAUCAGUUUGUCGUGGAUUUUACAUCGCGUCCAGGGAUCAGGAGUUGUGGCGAUUGUCGUGCUAUAAGACGUGGGACAGCCACUCGAGCGCCGCCCUAAUCGCCAACUACGGCAAUAACUGGCGCCAUAUGUUUGUCGAGCGGGUGAGGCCUAACUUCAACGGCGCGUACAUCAGUCGCACCACUUAUAUACGUCAGGGGGAAGCCUCCUUCCAGGACGUGCACUACCGGCCCUGUUAUCUCGUCGAGUACUACCGGUAUAUACGGUUUUUCCCGAACGGUCACGUGUUGAUGUUGACCACCGCUGACGAUCCGCACCAGAGUUUGCCAUCACUUCGGCACCGGAAGCCUAAGAAUAGUAACGUCUUGAGCGGUCACUACCGGAUCAACGGGCAGACCAUAUCGAUAGUCAUCAAAAGGGACUACAUCUCGGAUGGCAGUCAAACGGCCCGUAAGUAUAAGCAUAAGAAUCGCGACCAAUCCGUGUCCACCCAGACGUUCAACAUAUCGCUGGACGUGAAGACUGUCCGGAAUAGGCGUAACCAUCAGCUCCUGUGGUCUCACUAUUCAGUGCACUAUAGGAAACCCAACGGACAGGAAAUGGUGACUGACUUUGAUUUGACGGCCAAUAAGUUCCCGUCGUUUUGGUUCUCGAGAGUCAAGAGUUAUGUGACGACCGCUGACCACAAACUCGCGUGAAUUGGCCGACAAUUUGUGGUCAUUUUUGGUGAUGAGCUCAUCAAUGGUUUAAUUGUUAUAUUCACUGAUAUUUCAUAUAUGAAUAUAUUUAUCAAAUAUA